UUUGGUCGUUUGUUUUGACAGUUUUGCUAGGCGUCAGGUGACAAAGAAGACAUCGUUCGUUUUGUAGCGUUUAUUAUAUAUUAACUCCGAUAUGCUCCUGCGUCUUCGGUGAAUGACUGAAGAGAUAUGGAUUGCAAAGGAGAACCAUGGUGAUAAUCAAUUCAGUACUGAAACUCUUGCAGAGACAGACCUACACUUGUCUGUCCCACCGCUAUGGACUGUACCUCUGCUUUGGAGGGAUAGUCCUCAUGAUCGUCUCUGCCUUCCAGUUUGGAGAAGUGGUGGUGGAGUGGAGUAGGGAUCAGUACCAUGUACUGUUUGACUCAUAUAGAGACAAUGUAGCUGGGAAAUCAUUCCAGACUCGGCUGUGCCUGCCCAUGCCCAUAGAUGUGGUGUACACCUGGGUGAAUGGCACGGACACAGACCUGAUGAAGCAGCUACGUGGUGUGAGAGAGCAACUGGAGGAGGAGCAGAGGACACUGAGGGAACGGCUGUGGAAGAAUGCAAGUGAGCCGACUGAAUUGCCAAAGGACAGUGUGAAGCCAGAAUGUCUGCUGUCCCAUUGUAUCUUAGCGCCCAUGCUAGCCCUGGACCCAGCUCUGCCAGCCAACGUCACUCUGAAGGAGCUGCCGUCGCUCUCGCCCUCCUUCUCCACCGCCAAGCAGCUGCUGCAAGUGGCCAAGCCCCUCCACCCCUCCACCACAGUGUCUGUGGUGAUCUUUCACUCCCAGGCUGAUGCGGAUAAGGCCUACACGGACGCGCCCCGUGAGGCUCUGAAGCGCUCUGUCUCUAGAUGUUACCUGACCACAGAUAAGGAAGCACCAGGUCUGGUCCGCAUGCAGAGCCUGGCCUACCUCAGUGGCUUCCCAGCAUCCUUCAAGGAGACAGAGCAGCUCAGAGUCAAACUGCCAUCUGUUGUCACUGGCAAGAUCAAACAGUUCCAGCUGUAUACGGAGGCCAGUAUCGCCCUGCUACAUCUGAACAGCCCCCAGGACUUUACUGACCUGAUCCAGCAGGCCAAAAAGAACCUGACCCUGGACGGGAAAGAGCUGACCAUCAGCGCUGCUUAUCUUUUCUGGGACCUGACUGCCAUCACACAGUCUAAGCAGGACGAGGACGUCUCGGCCAGUCGCUUCGAGGACAAUGAGGAGCUGCGCUAUUCGCUGCGCUCGGUGGAGAGACACGCCCCCUGGGUGCGGCACAUCUUCAUCGUGACCAAUGGGCAAAUUCCCUCCUGGCUGAACCUAGACAACCCCCGCGUCACUGUGGUAACACACCAGGAUGUCUUCCAGAACCACACCCACCUGCCCACCUUCAGUUCCCCUGCCAUUGAGACCCACAUCCACCGAAUCCCAGGCCUGUCUCAGAAGUUCAUCUACCUCAAUGACGAUGUCAUGUUCGGGAAGGACGUGUGGCCUGACGACUUCUUCAGUCACUCCAAAGGACAGAAGGUGUACCUCACCUGGCCUGUCCCUAACUGUGCUGAAGGUUGUCCAGGCUCCUGGAUCAAAGAUGGCUACUGUGACAAGGCCUGCAACAACUCCGCCUGUGACUGGGAUGGUGGAGACUGCCUGGGAGCUGGGGGCAGCCGGUUUGGGGCCAGUGUGGGCGGUGCGGGAGGAGCGGGUAAUCAGCCCUGGCAGUUUGCAGGAGGUCUAGGUGGCAUUGGGGGCGUGUCCUACUGUAACCAAGGCUGUGCCAACUCCUGGCUGGCAGACAAGUUCUGCGACCAGGCCUGCAACGUGCUCUCCUGUGGCUUCGACGUGGGCGACUGUGGACAAGAUCACUUUACCCAGCUCUACAGCGUGACCCUGCUGAAGAACAGGACCUUGUACACCCUGCCGGUGGGUGAGACCAGGCCAUACUUCAGCUUUGCAGGCGUGGCUCGCCGGGUGACCGAGGCCCAGGUCAGCGACAACUCAGCCGUGCGCCAUACUUCGGUGGCCAACAAGUGGAAGACGGUCCAUCUGCUCCUCCACUCGGGCCACAAUGCCUCGCUGGUCCACUACAACCUCACUGUCCAAGGGGAUGACGACAAGGAGUUCUCCCUGACCUUCAGCGUGGCCGUGGACACCCGCCAGCUCCCCCAGUCCAACGUGUCCGACCCACUCCACAAAGAUGGAUCCAAAGAGGCCAAGCCCACCUCCACCGCAGAGCCUGAGGUCCCUUUCAAGGAUGUCCCUCUGGAGAAACGAGGUCCCCGGGUCCUGAAGAGGCCACCUGGGGGAAAUGAGGUGAUCGUGGAGGUGCCUGCACUAAACGUGUCCCUGCUACCGGCGGCCUUGCAGAGUGAGCUUCAGAGGCUGCAGGGAAAGCUCCUGGUGGGUGAUAUCACUAUGAAGGGUUAUAACCUCACCAAGGCUACACUGCUGGGGUCGUACAAGGCUCUGGCCUAUCGGGGCCCCACGUUAGCACCAGCUGACCAGGUCAAACCCCAGGACAAGCCUUUUAAAGACCUAGUAGGACGUGUGGUGAGCAGAGAAGCAGACGCACCACAGCUAGUGGAGGUUAACCCAGUAGCACGACAGGAUCCAGAAAGAAAAGAAGCAGAGAAGACCAAAGACCCAGAGGGAACCAAGAAGCCUGAGGCACCAGAGGAGGUGCCCAAGUCGAGCAUCGUUGGUGAGAAAGAGAAACAGAAAGCACCAAAGACUCCAGCAACCCCCAUCCCAGUUCUAGUGGAUGGGGAGUUUCCGAAAGCUGCUAAAGCCCAGGACACCACCACCACAGAGAAACCUCCACCGUCCUCCAAGCUGCUGAACACCCUGGUGGGUAGCAUGUCCAAAGCCAAGGGCUCAGAGGGCCAAUCGCAGCAGCAGCGGGCAGGGGCCGAGGAGGGAGCAGAGGGGACCCGGGGGGUUCCUGUGGGCAGGAAGCUGCAGCACUACACCUCCUCAGACCGAGGAUUCCUACCCUGGGAGAGACGGAAGUACUUCCAGGACCUGCUGGAGGAGGAGGAGCGUCUGGAGGGAGAGCUGGCGUACCAGGCAGACAGCGCCGCCGCUGGUCGGAGGCUACAAGACACCUUCGCCGACUCCCUCCGCUACGUCAACAAGCUGCUCAACGGCCAGUUCGGCUUCACCUCCCGCAAGGUCCCCGCCCACAUGCCCCACAUGAUCGACAGGCUCAUCAUGCAGGAGCUCCAGGACAUAUUCCCACAGGAGUUUGACCUGACGUCGUCCCACCGCGUGCGUCACCCGGAGGACAUGCAGUUUUCCUUCUCCUACUUUUACUUCCUGAUGUCGGCCCUGCAGCCGCUCAACAUCUCGCAGGUGUUCGACGAGAUCGACACGGACCACUCCGGCGUUCUGUCUGACCGCGAGAUCCGAACGCUGGCCACGCGCAUCCAUGAGCUGCCCCUCAACCUACAGGAUCUGACAGGUCUGGAGCAGCUGCUGAUCAACUGUUCUAAGACGCUGCCCACCAACCUGACCCAGCUACAUAUUGUUAGCCCUACACAGGAGGCAUACUACGAGCCCAGCAUGCCUCCCGUCACUAAAGGUCUGGUGGUCCACUGUAAAGCCAUCACAGAGCGCAUCCACAAGGCCUUCAAAGACCAGAACAAGUACAAGUUUGAGAUCAUGGGUGAGGAGGAGAUAGCCUUUAAGAUGGUGCGGACCAACGUGUCCCAUGUGGUGGGCCAGCUGGAUGACAUCAGGAAGAACCCCAGGAAGUUCAUCUGUCUAAAUGACAACAUUGACCACAGCCAUAAGGACGCAGGGACUGUCAAGGCGGUGCUGAAAGACUUCUAUGAGUCCAUGUUCCCCCUGACCUCCCAGUUCGAGCUGCCCAGAGAAUAUCGCAACCGCUUCCUCCACAUGGGAGAGCUCCAGGAAUGGCGAGUAUAUCGGGACAAGCUGAAGUUCUGGACCCACUGUGUAUUGGUGACUCUGGUGAUCUUUACUGUCAUCUCCUUCUUUGCCGAGCAGCUGAUUCUACUGAAGCGCAAGCUGUUUCCCAGACGCAGGGUCAGCAACGAUGUCAACCCAGAGCGCGUGUGAAGAACGAGGGAAAACGUCCUUAUCCUCCUCCCCCUCCUACCUCUGUCCCCUCCCUCCACCCUCCCCCUCAACCUCUCUCCUUGAGUUCAAAGUGAGGGCCAUGCAAGGGGUAGGUAGAGAGCGAGUAGGGCUAUCCCUAAAUCUCGAAACAUCCUCACCCGGGAUUGAGUCAGCAUGGCUCAAGGAGAGAGGGACUCUUGCAAACAACGUCAAUCAUGUGUGGUGGGUAAGAUGAUUGACAGGCAUCACAUGGCUGGGACAGAUGCUGGAGCCAUGUCAUGUGAUGCCGUGCCAGUGGAAGAACCCUGUGAAGCCAGAAACUUCUCUUCCCUUCCACCUGGGGUGCCAGAGGGACUUAUCGCCCACAUGCCGCCCACACACCAGGCUGUGGAGAAGGACACUGACUGAGCCAACUAUGUGCUAAACUGCUCCAGUCCAGUCAGUGUGGGCAGUGUGAUUGAUGUACUGUUAAAACCAUGAUCUGGAAGUGAUUGACGGGAGACACCAUCUCUGUGGUGUGGGUUUACAGCACCUUUACCAUGAGGGCUGUAACCUUGCGAAGUGUUCCAGAGGUUAGGUUGGACACUUUAUUAUAAUUUUUUAUUUAACCUUUAUUCCACAGAAGGAAAAAAGGGAUAGGGGAGGGAAGGGGUUAAUCAGAACAGGAAUUAUGCCAUUUGACCUGUUUCACCAUGUCACUCCUGGUCAAUGUCUACAUUCAACACAAGUGCCUUAUUUUAAAAAGAGUGCUGUCUGAAGCCUGAAGUAUUUCAGUUAGACUGUAUGACCUUGUUUACCCAUUGUCCCUGCUUGCCUUUUUAAAUGUCUUGGUUGGAUUUGGUAUUUACAUGUCAUAAGUGAUUUCGUUCUAGGGGAUGGGGGUUCUGGGUGAAAAAUGCCACACUGUUUUUAAUCAUGAAUGUUUCACACUGUAGACCACACAGCGAUCAGCCAUCCAUACAAAAUGUGUCCCUGUGGGAUACUGUACGUUUAGCUCUGCUAGUGUCUGAAAUUCAGAUCUCUUCAGCAUGCUCUGUAACAUCUGAUUGUAUUGUUCAGUGAAUGCGUCCUUAACGAAUGACACGGAAUGUUAAUUUAGCUCCCCAAGUGUUCUACUAUUGACCCUCAAUUAUUUUCUGAUUCUAUGGUCUCUCUGUUGAGCCUUCCAUGCCUGACUUUGGUAGUUCUCCUCUCCGUUUACAAGCGGUGCAUUGUGAUGUUAAUUAUGAUAACACGUGAGUUAUUGCCAGCAGCAGUAGAACCAUGAUGUUUUGCUGCCUUACUAUUGGUGAAUAUUUGUAGUAUUGGUGUGCAGUGUGCCAGAUUACACAGCCUGGUCUCAGAAUGGACGUAACAUAGAAAAUACAAAUCUUGGACACUCAAAUUAGUAUGAUGUGUAACCAUAACCAAACGUAACAUAAGACAGAAGGUUACUCAAGGCAAAAAUGAGGAUGGUGGUUGGUCGGGGUGGGUGUAUAAUGCGAACAUCU